AUGGUGCUUGCGGUAACUUCGUUGGUACCCGCGAAACCCUUUCCACCUCGCGCGUUUCGCGUAUACAGGCGAAGAAGGCUCAAAAUCAAUUCCUCGCUUCCGCCUUCACCCGCUCCUUUUGAGAAUCUCUUCCGCAGCUUAAUCUCGAACUAUCCCUCCGUCAAUUCGCUCGAUUUGAUAACUCCCGCUCUCGGUUUCGCUUCCGGCGCCGCGCUCUUCCUCUCCUCGCGCUCCAAACACCACUCUUCCCUCUCCGACCUCGGCGAGUGGAUCCUCUUCGCGACUCCGACGCCGUUCAACCGCUUCGUGCUGCUGCGGUGCCCAUCGUUGGUGUUCGAGUGGAGUGACGCGAGUGAGAGGCUGCUGAGGGAGGAGAGGCACUACGUGAGCGGGAGGAUCGAGGUGCGGAGGGGGCCGGAGAGGGAGGAUUUGGAGGAGGAGCUGAGGUAUCAGAGGGUAUGUGUGAGUGGUGCUGAUGGAGGUGUGGUCUCGUUGGAUUGGCCUGAUCACUUGGACUUGGAAGAGGAGCGUGGAUUGGACACUACUCUCUUGCUUGUUCCCGGUACGCCUCAAGGGAGCAUGGACGCCGACGUUAGUUUUUUUGUGGUGGAAGCUCUGAAGAGGGGCUUCUUCCCUGUUGUCAUGAACCCCAGAGGAUGCGCUGCUUCACCUCUCACCACUCCCCGGUUAUUUACGGCAGCUGACAGUGAUGAUAUCUGCACAGCUAUAACAUAUAUUAACAAUGCAAGACCGUGGUCAACCUUGAUGGGUGUUGGCUGGGGAUACGGUGCAAACAUGCUGACAAAAUACCUUGCAGAGGUUGGAGAAAGCACUCCAUUGACAGCUGCCACAUGUAUAGACAAUCCUUUUGAUUUAGAUGAAGCUACAAGGUCAUCUCCUUAUCGUAUUGUUAAUGAUCAGAAACUCACUAAUGGACUGAUAGAUAUUCUACAAACCAAUAAGGCACUAUUCCAAGGCAAAGCCAAAGGUUUUGAUGUGAAAAAAGCUCUUUUGGCAAAGUCUGUACGUGAUUUUGAAGAAGCAAUAUCUAUGGUAUCGUAUGGAUUUGAGGCUAUAGAAGAUUUUUAUUCAAAAUCCAGCACAAGAAAUAUGAUUAGAGAUGUUAAAAUUCCUGUUCUCUUUAUACAGAGUCCAAAGGAUUUUUCAGAUCAGAUAACACGCAAAAAACAGAUAGAAACUAGGCCAAACCUAGACAAGGGAAAAAGAACAGCAAGUGAUAAUGGGAUGGUUCCCGUAUUCUCAGUUCCGCGUGACCUGAUUGCAGAAAAUCCAUUCACAAGUCUGCUCCUAUGUUCUUGUUCGCCACCUAGUGUUACUGAUACUGACAUGUCAGCUUUAUCAUGGUGUCAGCUUCUAACAAUUGAGCGAGUUGAAGAGUGCAAUUCCUACUUCAACCUGCGAGAAGGUACAGGAGACUUUAGCUGCAACCAGGUAGGAGGCUUGGAGGUUUUGUGGCUAACAGCAGUAGAGCUGGGACUCCUGAAGGGCCGUCAUCCUCUUUUGACAGAUAUAGAUGUUACCAUAAAUCCUUCUAAAGGAUUAGUUGUUGUAGAGGAAGUAAGGUCAAAUAAGGAUGCUGAAGUUGCCAAACUGUUGAAUCUUACUCGGUCAGAUGCAUUUAAUGGAUACUCUAUUGAUCCCAAUAAUGAUUUGCUUGAAGAAAAUAAAAAGAACACUGGCCUCCAAUUUAGGUCUCGACAAGGUCUACAACAGAACUUUAAGCAGCAGGAUUUUAGGUUACAGGUAAAAGAUGGUCCAUUACAGCAGACUAGCUCCAGUGAUAGAGAUUUGAUUGAAGAGGAGAAUGUUGUCUCAGUAGAUAGUGAACAUGGUCAAGUUCUACAGACAACUCAAGUGGUAAUAAAUAUGCUAGAUAUUACCAUGCCCGGUACUCUUACAGAAGAGCGGAAGAAAAAGAGGGACAACUUGCAGGUUUGCCCUCAACAACAUGUGAGGCACAGGACUGGGGGUGGGGUUGAGGACUACAGGACUAGCUUAUUUUGCGUAUUAACUGCUGUGGGUCAGGGACAGACACUCAUGAAAGCUUUACAGGAUGCUGUUCCGGAAGAUGUCCGCGGUAAGUUGACAGAUGCAGUGACUGGAAUUUUGCAUGCGAAGGGCUCUUACUUGAAGGCAGAUAGAAUUCUUAAUGUUUCUCAGUCUCCUGAAUCAUUAUCUGGGCAAAAGAACCAAGAAAAUUCCAGAGUAUUAGAUGCAGAAGUGAUGGUUGAAGACCAACCUUCUGUAAAUCAGAUGAAAAAGACUAAUCCCAUAGAUGGCCCUGAUAAUGCUCCAGGUAGCAUUGGCGAGCUUGUUGAAGGAACAAAAACAAAAGUUAUUCCCAUAGAUUCUCAAGAAUCAAAUAAGGUUGAUUCUUUGAGUUCUAUAAGGAAGGAAAAUGAGGAGUCUAAUGACAAUAAUGACACAAAUGAGGAACCCAAUGGAAUAGCUAUUCCUCCUGAUGUUGAUCAUAGCAAGAACGGAUUCGAAACAGGUUCUAAACGAUACAAUCCUAGCCUUCUUGAUGGAGAAGGCGGCUUUGAAUCAGCAUCUGUGGGUGAGCAGAAAAGCCAAAACAGUGGAAUAGCUCAAAUUGAUCCAAAGGAGGGAAAUAAUAACCUGAAGGAAGAUCAGAAAAAUCAGGAUUUUGCUAUCAAUCAUAGUAAAAACACUUCAACUGAUACAAAAGCAGAACCCUCUUCACCUAAUGUGUCAUCUGAGAACCCAACAAUGGAAAGAGAAGGUAAUGAUGACGAGAAAAAAGAUACACAAAAUGUACGCCAGACCAACUCGAAUAAUUUAGAUUCAAGUGCUCCUGCCUUCAGUGUUUCUCAAGCACUAGAUGCCUUGGCAGGGAUGGAUGAUUCAACCCAAGUCGCUGUUAAUAGUGUUUUUGGUGUGAUAGAAAAUAUGAUUUCUCACCUUGAGCAGAGUUCAGAGAAUGAAGAAAUCAAGGGUGAAAAAGAUGUUGAACACAACAUAGAAGAAAAAAAAAAGACUAAUAGCCAAAGAAAGGAUUCCAACACAUCUGCUGAUCCUUCAGUAGAUGCUCAACAUAAUGACACGUACUUGAAUAACAGUUCUUGUCUUACAGAGGAGCAACCACCUCAAAGUCUCAGUGAAAUUAAUGGGAAUAGUGUAUUUGAUUCUAACAGUUCUAACUCUAAUGAUCACCUAGUUCAGAAGGAAAGUAAUACAAAUACUCAAUUGAUUGACAAAAGAUUUCUUAUCGAUAAAUGGGAUGGACACAGACAUGUGGAUAGGAUGCCAGAGUUCAUAGCUGCAAGUUCAUGCGGGGGCUCUACUUACAAUGAAAACCUCCGUAAAUAUCUUGUUUCAAAGAUUCCUAUCAACCCACUUGAUUUAGACACAACAACUUCAUUAUUGCUUGACUAUUUCCCAGAAGAAGGUCAAUGGAAACUCUUUGAACAGCCACAACAAAGAAUUGUUUCUUGUAGUACUGAAACCAGUGAGGAGGCUGGGCCCAAGAUGAAGACUCCCUCAUCUACAAAAUAUUCUAAUGAAGAGCAUUAUAUUGAACCACUAUAUGUAAUAUUAGACACUGAAAAGCAACAAGAACCUGUCAAAGAGUUCGAUACAACAGAUACUGAGAACAGAAUGACAGAUACCAGGGCUGAUAGGUCAGAUAAAUUGAUCCAAUUUGUGAAAAAGAUAGUGUUAGAGUCUUUGAAGAUGGAAAUUGGUCGCAAGCUGAAUGCUGCAGAAAUGAUACAAAUGAAGUCAAAUUUUGCUGAAGAACUGGAACAUGUGGCAAAUGCAAUUUCACAGGCUGUUAUACAUAGCAAGGUGCAACAAUUAGAUACUAAAAGUCAUGGUCAAAAUGUUGAGGGUGCUAUAGAAAAGGUCGGUACUCUUGAAGGGGACCAUAUUGUUAGUGUAAUUUCAUCCUCUGUUCAACAAACAAACUGCCUGAGAAAAGUGGUGCCUGUUGGAGUUAUUGUUGGGUCCAUCUUAGCUUCCUUGAGGGAAUAUUUUGAUGUAACUACUCUCCAUGAUGAUCAGAGUAGAUCUCUGAUCCAUGAUGAUGAUGAAAAAACUAGCAAAACGAAUUAUGGCAUUGGAGGUUUAACAGAGAUAGAUCAAAUACCUGAAGUGAGAGCUAGUUUGGACCAUCCUAUUCAGACAGAGACAGUUGAAAGUGCAUCAAAAGAUACGAGCAAAAGUAGUGUCGUGGUUGGUGCUGUUACAGCUGCUCUUGGGGCUUCUGCUGUAUUCAUGCAACAGAAGAGUUGUUUGAGUUUCACACUUAAAAUUGCUCUAUUCCAGGAUUCCCAACAAGAAAAUGUAACUGCUGAAAGCCCAUCCCCAUAUUUGACAAUGAAAAAUCUCCACGAGAAAGAGUCAGAAAGGCAUCAGAAGGAAGUCUCUGAGAAGAACCAGAAUAACAUAGUCACAAGCCUUGCUGAGAAAGCCAUGUCAGUUGCUGGUCCAGUUGUACCUACUAAAGAAGAUGGUGAAGUGGAUCAAGAAAGACUGGUUGCGAUGCUAGCUGAUUUAGGACAGAGAGGUGGCUUGUUGAGGCUUGUUGGAAAGAUUGCUUUGCUGUGGGGUGGUAUACGUGGUGCAAUGAGUUUGACGGACAGGCUUAUCUCAUUCUUACGUAUUGCUGAACGCCCUUUGUUUCAGAGGUAA